AUGAUUUGCAACCGAUGCCUACGGACGGCAGUCCAGCGCCCAGUCGCUCUUCCCAUCCGCCGGGCCAUCACAACCUCAACACCAUUCAGAGCCACCGCCUCUCCUAAUGCAGCUCAAAGCGCACCGCGACAGGGCAACCCUAACUCGUCCUCGCACACACCUUCCGCCGCAACAUCAACCGGCGCCGCACAACCUUUCUCCACACCCUUGACACCUUCACCUUCAGCUGCGGAGUUGCAAGCACCGAGUGCCGAGAAGCAAGCACCCACAGUAAAGAGCUCAGUCACUGCCGGCACGCCACUGAAAGGAUUGAACUUUUUGAAGGGAAAGAACGAUCCUGUAGCGCUCGAGGACUCUGAAUAUCCGAGUUGGCUGUGGGGGAUUCUGAAGAAGAAGGGUGGAGAAGGUGCUGGUGCCGCUGAUGCGGGUGCUGUUGAGGGAGAUUUGUUCUCCAAAUCGAAGAAACAACGUCGUGUCGCCGCAAAGGCUCUCCGCAAACAACAACUCAUGAACCCCGAAGCCCUGGCACCAAAGAUUCCUCUGCACGAGCAAACGAUCGAUCUACCUUCUGGAGAUGGCAGUUUGCAAGGUGCAAUUGCAGCCAUGGAAGCCAGAGAUGCCCUCACAAAGUCCAUGCGCAAGAACAGACGUGCCAAGAUCAAGGAGGCCAACUUCUUGAAGGCAAUGGGCUAGAUUUGAAGAGUGGGACCGAAACAUGUACAAAAGACAGGGUGGGCAUGCAUGGGGUGUGUAUUAUACUAAAAUGGAUUGUUCUUGAUACCCCUUUCAUCUUCUCUCGGACUAGAACGCGCUCGUUGUGAAAAGUCUCGCGAGUCUUGGUUGGCUCCCUGGGACAAGAAAAGAAGAAUUGGGUGCAGUAAUCUGAGUAAGGCAGGUCUCCACAUCAGCCACACUACGCUAGGGAUUCUGGUCCUCCGAGUACUUCCAUUGGUCCAGUUUCCGUCAUUGGGAUGAGAGGUUGGAAUU